AUGAUUGAUCCCUCUGAUAUUGGGGAAAGGUCAUCAGAGGGUUACUCAGAUGGAGAAACAUCCGAUGAUCUUGCCGUUAAAUAUCCUUCAGCAACUGGUUCAUAUGAUACGCCAAAAUCAAUUUCAUUACUUCCACAACAAUGCCUUUAUGACUUGAUCAAUAAAGUUGACGUUUCUGUUGCUGAAAAUAGUAAAUUAACUAAUCUAGCUCAUACAACAGAUCAAGAUUAUUACAUUGAUCAAUUAAAUAAGCCAUUUCUUUAUAUUAAUUCUGCCAUGAUUGAGCCAAUACAAUCUGUUAUACUUAUAACCACGAAAACAUACCAAUUUUCUGAAAAUGUAUCAGAAUAUUUAAAAGAUACGCCUAUUAUUUUCGGAUGGCAAAAUAUAUAUCAAAUGCAAGCAUCAGAUAUAUCAUCUAACAUACAGACAUGCUAUAGAUCUCUUUAUUUACAUUUAAGGCAACACCUUGUUUUUAGCUACGUAAUUGGCUUAUCCCAAACAAAAAUAGACACCAUUAUACAGCUACGAAAGAAUUGUCCACGAGGGCGACAAAUGUUUCAUUUUAUUGGCUAUCAAUUUCCCAAAAUUACAAAUCGAGGAAUUUCUUACUAUCCAAUUUCAAGCACUAAUAUUUUAUCAUUCGAAUCACUCUUCAAUAUCAUUAGUCCUCCGUCUUGCUUUCUUUUUGAUUGCGACAACGCAGGAAUUGUCAUUCCAAUAUUUGAAGAGGCAUCUAAGCAUUUUGUUACACCUUCAGCAAGGAAAACUGAUGGAAAUCAAGCAUCCGAUUGGUUUUGCUUUUGUGCUACAUCUCCUGGUGAAGAAUUACCAAUUAUUCCGUAUUUACCGAAAGAUUUUCUUUCUCAAUGCAUUUUGAACCCAAUUCCAUUAGUUAUUCUAUGCCAUAUACUUCAAAAUUACAGAACUUCUUUUCCAACCGAAAAUUUUCCAAUUUCAAUUUUAAAUGAUAUACUUUUAAACAGCCAAAACGGCGAAAUCGAACGAAACAAGAUCAGUUUAGUACUACUAGCCGUUGCUGAUGCAAUUGCAAGUGAUAAUCUCCAGCCAUUUAUGUUCAAACAAAUGUUUCGAAGAGACAGAACAACUUCUCGAAUGUUUGAACAUUUUAUUGUGGCCCAACACUUGUUACAACCCUAUGGAAUCCAUCCGCAGUCUCAUCCACGUCUCCCUAAUCUUUCUACACACCAAUUAUGGAGCACAUUGGAAUCAGAACUUUCAAUUUGGGUAUCGUCGAAGAUAAGUGGCCGGCCAAAUAUCGAAUUCGACUUUUUCAAUAGAGUUCUGACAUCUUUUGAGAACACCAUGGAUAAUGGCUACAUCAGUCAAGUAUUAUUAGCAUUGAUGUGCCAUGCGCCAUUUUCAGGAUUCGACGGUGCGAAACGUUCUGUAAUUUUAUUGAGUCAAUUGGCAGCGAGAAGCCAAUCAAACAGAAACAUGCUGUCAAAGAUUUCCAUCUUCCAUGCUUUCUUUGCGAGGUUAGUUUCCAAUUUGAGUGCCGAGGAAUUACACUCUAUUUCAUACAUCGUUGUUUCUCUUCUUCAAUGUGAUCCGAAUUCUGUUUUUGACAUCAGACAUGAUUUGGACAUUUCUGCACUUCCUAAUGCGCUUUUUGAUAGAAAUGUCAAUUGCCAGACACGAUCUUUGAUUGCAGCAAUCCUUGCAGCUGUUAUCGAUACUGUUAAAGCUGUGGAAGCUUUCUGUUCUACAGCGGAAUUCUUCGAUUCAUUGACACAAGAAAUUCCAAUUGCUUCUCCACAGUUACAAUUAUGGUUAUUGAUCUUAGUUAAAAGAGUUUUCGGAUCAUUCCCUGCGAUAUCUGGCUCUUUCACACCUUCAGGAGCUCACCUGCAAAUUGCAGCUUGUUUAAACCAUAAAAGUCCUGAAGUUCGUGCAGCAGCAAUUGCUUCUUUAACAGCUUUCAUCGGAGAAAGAGGUCCUGCAACAGCUUUGAUUUAUUUGGCUUCACCUUUGUUGUUCGAUAUGAGUUUCGUAGUAAGAUACGAGUUCGCACAGUUCUUGUCGCGUUUCUUUGAGUUGCAAAAUCUAGAUUUGUCACUCUUGGAAAAAAUUCAAAAUGAAAGGAACUCAAAAAAUUCAAAAAAUACCAAAAAUACCAAAACCGAAAAUUUCCCAGAAAAUUCAGAGCAAAAAAUUGAAAAUUCUGAGAAAAAUGAGAAUGAAGAGGAAGACUUGACAAUUAACGGUAUUAUUGACAAGAUUGUUGGAAGUCAUGUUAGUUUAGAACGAACUAGCGAUAGUUUCAUUGAUUUCGUCCAUAAAUGUGAUGAUAUUAAUAAUUCAGAAAAAAGUGAUGAGUAUUUAGUCAAAGCUAUCACUUUAUACUCAGAUAUUCUUGAAAAGGAUCCACAUCCCAGUGUAAAACAAGCAGGAUCUCGCUUGAAAAAGGCUGUUUUCGAAGGUGGAGAAAUAUCUGAUGGAGAUACUGAUGCCUUAUUCAAUAUAUCUCUUCGCCAACUGGUUAAUUCCGGCCAAUACAAAGUAUCUGAAGAGAUAAAUGAAGAAAAACCUUUCACUUUUACUCCAUUCCAUUCUAAUGACGUUCCAGCUUGUUCUGCUCAUGAACUAUUAGUUGCUAAACUUACAGAUAUGAUCCCAUACCACGUGAUAUUCGAGCAAACUAAGUAUUCUCUUGCAGUUGCUUCCCCGGCCAAAUCAAUAAUCAGAUUGGAUGAGGGUUUACACCAAUUUGGCCGACUCAGCUGCACAGAUGCUGCUAUUACAGACCUCCGAACAACGGAAUGGGACGAUGUUCCUCGAAUUAUUAUUGGUUCAAGUGACGGAUGCGUCAAUGUAUGGGAAGGAAACCAUCACGAAUGUUCCCUUACAUUCAAAGCAACUACAUGUUCAGCGAAUGAGUCGACUUACCAACUAGUUAGUCCUGCCAGACAAAAACACAAAUUUGCCACUUCGAAUUUUAAUGGUGGCGUUGUUUUGUGGGACGCUGAUUACUCCCAAUUCAUUGGAGAAUGGAAAGGCGACAAAGCGAAGAUGACUUCCCUCGAAAUUGCAGCCAGAGACGAUACAACCGUUAUUAGUGGCUAUGAAAAUGGCCUUUUAUCAGUUAUCGACACUCGCCAGCCUCAUUUGUUUUCUGUUUCAUCACCUAACUACAACUUAGGGGGAAUUGUCAAGAUCAAGUCAUCUUUUUCAUCAGAUGUAAUCAUAAACACUAUGUCACACACAGGUGUUUAUUCAGCAUGGGACGCCAGAAUGUGGGAACCAGUACAUUACGCGCAAAUCAACACUUUCGUUGAUGAAUGCGAUAUUCAUCCUUGUUAUUCCAUUGCAAUAUUGACUCCAAACAAUGGAAACACGAUGAUUGUUUCUUCGAGCGGAAAAGUUUUGUGUACAUUGCCAAAUUUGAAGAAUGUGAGUUCUGUCGCAAUGCACCCGACAUUGCCUAUCUUCGCUUGCUCUACACAGUCAGGUGAGAUAGUUUCUUAUCAACUCGCAUUCUCAUAUAAUUGA